UUUAUGGAAAUUGGUGUCUGACGUGGGGCUUUUUCUGUUACAACAGAGACCCCUCCUACUGGAGGAGGCCGAGCUGCAGUCAGGACAGGAGAAGAGAGGGAGAGAAAGAGCUGGGGAGCAGAGGGACACGGGGGGAGUGGAGAGGACAGAGGCACAGGGACACUUCAGAGAUGGGUGAGUUCUAACUAAGAAAGCAGGAAGAAAAAGAGAGAAGGAGAGCUGUAGGAAAGGGAAAGGAGCUCAAAGACUGAGAGCCCGGGGAGAGCAAACACCAGGAAACAAGUUCAGGGAACAUCCCGGCAUACAAAGAAGGACCUGUUCUGUCUGAAUUUUCACCAUGAGCACAAGGAAGAACUGCCCUGUGCCACUGGGACAAGGAGACCGGGAGGAAAAGCAGAUUGAUGGUACUCCUGACCUGGAGCAAGAGGAGUGUGAAGUGGAGCUGAGGGACAAAGCUAUUCUGCAACAGAAGAGGCGUCUUAAACAGGCCACCCAGUUUGUGCACAAGGACUCUGCUGACCUGCUGCCCCUGGACAGCUUGACCAGGCUUGGCACUUCCAAGGAUCUGCAGCCACAUAGUGUGGUCCAGAGGCGCCUCUUGGAAGGUAAUCUGAACAAGCUGCGGGGCGAGACCAGAGUUCAGUCUGCACGGGUUCAAUCUCCAGUGACAAAAGACCAGGAUGAAAAGGUGGAAAAGGACAGGAAAAAAGAGACUUCAUCUCUGCUAAUACAGUGCCAGUGCCGAGGGCAGGUAUUGAAAGCAACUGUUGACACUGGGUGUCUACCAAAUCUCAUCUCCAAGAGCUGCUUAAACCAGCUGGGGCUGGAAGAAGUAUCUGCCAUGGACUGUGGAGACUUCUCUCUUCCCAUCCCCAGUGUUGUUGGCCGAGUAGAACAUAUGGAGUUGCAAUUUGGCCAGGAGACAGUGCUGUGUUCAGCACUGGUUGUAGAUGAUGAAAUGAUGGAAUUUUGCAUUGGUCUCCAGACACUGUUGUCUCUCAAGUGUUGCAUCGACCUGGAGGAAGGAGUCCUGAGAUUUAAAGCACUGAGUCAAGAGCUGCCUUUCCUACAUGCCUCUGAAGAGCCUGGUCAGUGACUGACUGCAUUCCCCAUGUCUGGGGCUGAGGAGACUUGCUGCCACGAGAGAGAGACGAGGGCCUCUCCUCUCUGCACUCCAGCUUCUAGAGCUACAAUUCCUAUCACCUCUGCUGAAUCAUCAGAGAUACUGCCACUCAGUUUAAAUGCCGCGAUGAAUUACAGCAUGCAGAGUCUUCUGCUCUGUCAGAUCCUUUCUUUCAACUUGAAAUCUAGUGAUUGGACACAGAUACAUCAUCAGCCUCAAGUCCCGACAUCUCACAGCCCAUCAACUUUGCUACUCCUGCAUGAAACAAGAACUAGACUUCCUUGCAGUAUCAGCUCAGGUAAAUUGAGUGUCACAACCAAAGCCAUGAAUCAUUUAUCUGCAAAUGCCCCCAGUGCCUGCAAAUGCUGUUAGACGCCUCACUUGCUGUGUGCUGGCACCAAGACAUACGAAUGCAUCCUGCAAAACCUGUCCUGUUGAAAACCUUCCUGGCACCAGUGGGUACACCAACCUGCUACAGAGUAAGAUGCAUCAAACCUUUUCUGCUGCAUGGAACAGAACAACUUCUGGUUGCCCUGUCCAACAUUUGCAUUGGUUUUGACCCAUUUUCUUUUAAAGAUGAUUCUUGGGAAAAUGUCAUCUCUCCCCAGUUAACCCUUUCCUGUUUCUUCCCAACAAUUAACAGUCCAACAGUGAAUCAAUUUGACCUUCCUUCCCUGGAAGUCAUUUGACCUCUAUGGCAAAGUUUGUUUUGCAUAAAACAGUUUGUCAUACAACCAUUUGUAUCCCCCUCGUGCUUGUGUUGCUAAUAAAGGUUUAUAUUUGGCAUGGAUGGA